AUGCGUAUGGAGAGGAAGAGGAAGAUGUGUUUGUUUAACAUGGUGGUCUCAUCAUCAGCGAAGAUGAGAAAAUCAGGCGGCGGUGGAGGAGCCACAACGAUUGACAAUGCGGUGGUAAGCGGUGUGAUCAAUCCGUGGACUGGAAUGCCUUAUUCCCAGAGCUACUAUGAGAUCCUUGAGAAGAGGAAGACUUUGCCAGUUUGGCAACAGAAAGACGAGUUCUUGAAGGCUCUUAAGGCCAACCAAUGUAUAAUUUUGGUUGGUGAGACUGGUAGCGGUAAAACCACUCAAAUCCCUCAAUUUGUUUUGGAAAGUGUUAAUGCAGAAAUUCCGGGUGGUAAAAGGAUGAUGAUUGCGUGCACGCAGCCACGUAGAGUUGCCGCAAUGUCAGUGUCUCGUCGUGUAGCUGAAGAGAUGGAUGUGAAGAUAGGAGAAGAGGUUGGCUACACUAUUCGUUUCGAAGACUGCAGCAGUGCCUCUAAAACAUUGUUGAAGUAUUUAACAGAUGGUAUGCUUUUAAGAGAGGCAAUGGCAGAUCCCCUGUUGGAAAGGUACAAGGUGAUAAUACUGGAUGAGGCACACGAAAGAACGUUAGCAACUGAUGUUCUUUUCGGGCUUCUCAAGAAGGUGUUGAGAAAUAGGCCUGAUUUGAAGUUGGUUGUGAUGAGCGCUACUCUUGAGGCCGAAAAAUUUCAGGGCUAUUUCAGUGGUGCGCAUUGUAUGAAAGUUCCUGGCAGGCUUCAUCCAGUGGAAAUUCUUUACAGUGAGGAACCCGAAAAGAACUAUGUGGAGGCAACAAUUCGAACCGUUGUGCAGAUUCAUAUGUUUGAGGGUCCAGGGGAUGUACUUGUCUUUUUAACUGGGGAGGAAGAGAUUGAAGAUGUAUGCUGCAAAAUUGACAAAGAAAUUGCAAAAUUUGGUGAUCAGUCUGGUCCUGUCAAAGUGUUGCCUCUGUACUCAACUCUGCCUCCAGCUGUGCAGCAGAAAAUAUUUGAGCCAGUACGUUCUGGGAGGAAGAUUGUGGUGUCAACAAACAUUGCUGAAACUUCUUUAACCAUAGAUGGAAUCGUUUAUGUUAUCGACCCGGGAUUUUCUAAACAGAAAGUUUAUAGCCCAAGUGGGGGUGUUGAGUCAUUGUUGGUGUCUCCAAUUUCCAAGGCCAGUGCCUGUCAGAGGGCAGGGCGUGCUGGAAGGACUAGACCGGGGAAAUGUUUCAGACUUUACACUGAGAAAAGUUUCCAUAAUCAUCUUGAAGCACAAACAUGUCCAGAGAUAUUGAGAUCAAACCUUGCAAAUACAGUGCUUACUUUGAAGAAACUAGGAAUUGAUGACUUGGUUCAUUUUGAUCUCAUGGACCCUCCUGCUCCUGAGACAUUGAUGCGAGCACUAGAGGUUUUGUAUUCUUUGGGAGCAUUGGAUGACGAGGGUAAUUUGACCAAGCUGGGGGAGAUUAUGAGCGAGUUCCCAUUAGACCCUCAGAUGUCAAAGAUGCUCAUCAUGAGCCCUGGAUUUCACUGCUCGAACGAAAUCCUGUCAAUCUGUUCAAUGCUCUCGGUACCUAAUUGUUUUCUUAGGCCUAGAGAGGCUCGAAAAGCUGCAGACGAAGCGAAAGCGAAGUUUGGUCACAUGGAUGGAGACCACAUAACGCUUCUCAAUGUGUACCACGCCUACAAGAACAAUGAGGAUCCUGUGUGGUGCUAUCAAAACUUUGUCAAUGAGAAGGUACUGAAGGCUGCAGACAAUGUUCGGCAGCAGCUAGCGCGAAUUAUGGCUCGGUUCAAUCUCAAGUUAUGCAGCACUGAUUUUAAGAGUGGGGACUACUACAUCAACAUAAGAAAGGCCUUGCUAGCUGGAUAUUUCAUGCAGGUGGCUCACCUGGAAAGCAACACAGGACACUACAGCACAGUGAAAGAUAACCAAGUUGUACACUUGCAUCCGUCCAGUUGCUUGGAUCACAAGCCAGAGUGGAUUGUUUACCACGAGUAUGUCCUGACCAGUAGGAAUUUUAUCCGGACUGUGACGAAUAUUUGCGGCGACUGGCUAGCUGAGAUUAUGAUUGCACUAGAAAAAUCAGGCAAAAAAUUGGGUUAUGGAGGGCUUAACUUAAAAGACAGGAAGCAGACUACUUGAAGAUUAAUGAACAAAAUCCCCUCGACACUUUCUGUUUAACUUUCCAUGUAAUAAGAACCUUUAAACAUGUUUAAAAUUGAACAAAAGAGGCUCCAACAAGCGUGCAAUAAUCUAAGUUGCUACUACUAACUCUAACUCUGUGUUUAUGCAUUGACAAUGAACUCUCCAUAUCCUAAUUUCACUAGGCUAAAUUCACCAACAAAUUAAAAAAAAAAAAAAACCAUCCUAAUUUCAAAAGAUUCACCGAAAAAAAUACUAUUAACUCUUCGUAACAAGCAUUUUCAUUCUAUAAUCUCAAAUUCAAAAUAUGACUCCAAAAAAAAUUCCAUUUUCGAGCUUUACAUAAAACUGAAAACUGAUAUCAAUUACCACACAACUUUUGUUCAGAUUUCACUUUCUUUGAAAACUAGAAUUAAUUAUCAAACAAGUUUUAAAUUUUUAGAUGUGGAAAAAUAAAAAAUAAAAAAUAAAUGGUUAUCAAACAGCUCCUAAAAUUUUGAAAAAAAAAAACUAUCACAUUUGGGAUUGACAUGCCAAAAAUACCUACUAUAAAUUCAAUCACGUGCAGGGACGGAGUGAGGUGAUGCACCUAUAGCCCAGGUGAAUUUUAUUAUUUUAUUCUUAUAGCUAGUAUAUAAGUUUUUAAGGAUUUAGUCUAGUUCAAAAUUAACAGUUUACCUAUAAGGAAA